AUGCACUCGCAGAUUCGCCGUAGAAGUCGAUGCGCGAGACUUGAUCUGCCAACUGUACGUGUUUCUCUGCAGUAUGCAGAGAUUGUUGUUGUUCCCGGAGAAGAAGAUCAGAGAGCUGAGAGGAGUGAUUUAGGGGAACGGCCUGCUGUGCACACGUCUGGAGUGUGUAAGGAGGAGGCAUUGGGCACCCAGGCUGUGGCGAGCCCAAUUGGGCAAGAGAGGGAGGCGUGCAGGCUGGGUGCCUUGGCAGUCUUGUCAAAUGGGAGUUCAUGGAGGGCCCUUGCGCAAGAGCUGGGUGUUGAGGAAGUCAAAAUUGAGAUAACGACCCAUGUCACAGGAACUGAGAUGAGGGGUGUCGGCAUGGGGCCUUGA